AGGGAGGGAGGGAGGGAAAGGAAAAGAAAGGAAGGUAGAAAAAUCCCAACAUCCGCAGGCCAGGAAACCAUGUUCGUUAGUCACUGCUAGAAAAACCAUGAUGACUUGUUGAUUGGUCAUUGCUGAUACUAUUGAUUCAGAACCCAUUCACUAAAAGCUAGUCAUAAUUGAGAUAUUCUAAAUUGUUAGAAGGUCUUUCUUCAAAAAGAGUAGAUUGUGACAAAAUAAAUUUAUUAUUUUAUAUCUUGAUGAAUUCUAGCUCCAGGUAUGCUAUCUGUGAUAUAAUUUCCAACCAAAGCCACAUUUGUACCAUUGCUUAUCCAAGCUAGCCUAUGGACUCGGCACUCUUGACUUUUGACUGUUUUAAAAAUAAAGCCACUACCAGAGUAGAAGAUUUGAUAUUGGCUCUCAACAGCAUAAAGCUGAGUUUAAAAGACCUGUUGAGCAAAUGCAUUCAUCUCUGAUAAUUUAUUUAAAAUAAAACAUCUAAUUUGCUAAGAUUUGAUGGUAUCAUUAUUAUAAAGCAACCCAGUUCCUAUAUAUGGGAAAUAAUUAUUAUUUAUUAAAUCUUAAACAAGGCCUUAACAUAUAUCUGUCAGUUCUGUCACUACUUAAGCUCUAUCUGGAAGAAAAUUUUAGAUUGAUUUGUUCUCCCUAUUAAAAUGAUUGUAGGAAAAAAAUUACUUAAUUUGAGCAAGACUUGGGAUAUACUAUAUUUCAUUGAAUCUAAAAUGUCAUCAAUUAUAAAGUAUAUUAUUUUAUAUACCUCCAAGAAAUAAAAAUGCUGCUAAUUAAAUGAUAUUUAAAUUGUCCUUUUAAAUAUCAUAAAGAUACCUCUCGAUACCAGAGAUAUUAAAACAUGCAUCGUACAAUCAGUGAACUAUGGUAAUGUAUUCUUGUCCUCUUAAUACUUUCUUUUCCUGGCUAUCAAAUUUCACAAUUAAAAUAAGGCAAAAUAAACAUAGUCUGAAUAUUUUUUCUGCAGAGUAAUUAAGUAUAGAGCAUAACUUUCCAUCAUGAAAGCAAGCCAGCUGAGUCAGACAUUUUAUCUUUAGGCUGGCUGAAUGUCACUGAAGCCUUCUAGUGGAGAAGUUGACCCACCUGUGGAAUACCUGACACUAAAUGGCAUCUCGAUGACCUAAAGCACUCUACACUUUUAUGAAGGGUUUUAAUUUCAUCACAAGGUACUGUGUAGCAUCACGUUUACAUUGUAUGAUUAUACAAAGGUGCUCUUCAUACAUAAUUGUCCCUUAAGAUGUAUCAGUACAGGACUUCAAUCUUGUUGUGCUGAAACCAAAAAGAACAGAUUUCCCAUUCUAGGUGUUCCACCUAGUACUAAAAUUAACAAAAAUCAAAAGUCAUGCACAAAACUACCUCCCUAGAGAAAGGCUAGUCCCUUUUCCUCCCCAUCCAUUUCUUCAUGAACAUAGUAGAAGACAGCAAAUUCUUAUCAAAUCUGAUGAAAAACGCCAACAUGUUUGAAUUGAAAUACGACUUUUCAUGUGAACUAUUCCGAAUGUCUACGUAUUCGACUUUCCCCACUGCCGUUCCUGUGUCGGAAAGGAGUCUUGCUCGUGCUGGUUUUUAUUAUACUGGUGUGAAUGACAAGGUCAAAUGUUUCUGUUGCGGCCUGAUGCUGGAUAACUGGAAACAAGGAGACAACCCUAUUGAGAAGCAUAAAAAGUUGUAUCCUAGCUGUAGCUUUGUUCAGAAACUAAAUUCAGGUAACAUUUCGGGAGCCGCCUUUCAGUUUAAUUUGCCUUUUUCAGUAACAAAUUCUACACAUUUAUUACUUCCAAGUUCAGAAAACAUUGGUUAUUUCAGUGGCUCUUAUUCAAGCUUUCCCUCAAGUCCUGUAAACUCCGAAGCAAAUCAAGAUCUUUCUGCCUUGAGAAGUCCCAACUAUUGCCUAAUGAAUACUGAAAACGCCAGAUUACUUACUUUCCAGAUGUGGCCAUUGGCCUGCCCAUCACCAACAGAUCUGGCAAAAGCAGGCUUUUACUACAUAGGACCUGGAGACAGAGUGGCUUGCUUUGCCUGUGGUGGAAAAUUGAGCAACUGGGAACCAAAUGAUGAUGCUAUGACAGAACACCUGAGACAUUUCCCCAAAUGCCCAUUUUUGGAAAGUCAGCCUCAAGAUGCUUCAAGAUACAGUAUUUCUAAUCUGAGCAUGCAGACACAGGCAGCCCGUUUUAGAACAUACAGUAACUGGCCCGCUAGUGUUCCGGUUCAUCCUCAGCAGCUUGCAAGUGCUGGUUUUUAUUACAUGGGUUACAAUGAUGAUGUCAAAUGCUUUUGUUGUGAUGGUGGACUGAGGUGUUGGGAACCUGGAGAUGACCCAUGGGUGGAACAUGCCAAGUGGUUUCCAAGGUGUGAGUACUUGAUACGAGUUAAAGGACAAGAGUUCAUCAGCCGAAUUCAAGCCAGUUACCCUCAUCUGCUUGAACAGCUGUUAUCUACUUCAGACAAUCCAGAAGAUGAAAAUGCAGAGUCACCAAUUAUUCAUUAUGGACCAGGAGAAAAUCGUUCAGAAGAUGCGGUCAUGAUGAAUACACCUGUGGUUAAAGCUGCCUUGGAAAUGGGCUUCAGUAGAAGGCUGGUCAAACAGACAGUUCAGAGUAAAAUCCUAACAACUGGAGAGAACUACAAAGUCAUCAGUGAUCUUGUAUUAGAUUUACUUAAUGCUGAAGAUGAAAUAAGGGAAGAAGAGAAAGAAAGAGCAACUGAGGAAGAAGAAUCAGAUGAUCUAUCAUGUAUCCGGAAAAAUAGAAUGGCACUUUUUCAACAUUUGACUUGUGUGCUUCCAAUCUUGGAUAGUCUACUAAUUGCCAGAGUGAUUAAUGAACAAGAACAUGAAGUUAUUAAACAGAAAACACAGACAUAUUUGCAAGCAAGAGAACUGAUUGAUACUAUUAUAGUAAAAGGAAAUUUUGCAGCCACCAUAUUCAGAAAGUCUCUACAAGAAAUUGACCCCGUGUUAUACAAGCGUUUAUUUGUGCAACAGGACAUCAAGUAUAUUCCCACAGAAAAUAUUUCAGAUUUACCAAUGGAAGAACAAUUGAGGAGACUGCAAGAAGAAAGAACAUGUAAAGUGUGUAUGGACAAAGAAGUGUCCAUAGUGUUUAUUCCCUGUGGUCAUCUAGCAGUAUGCAAAGAUUGCGCCCCUUCUCUAAGAAAAUGUCCUAUUUGUAGAGGUACAAUCAAGGGUACAGUUCGUACAUUUCUUUCAUGAAGGUGAUCCAAAAUUUUAGAAUUAAUGGAUUAAAUAUAUUGUAAUUUUAACUUUUAUACUAAUUUUGUUUCCAUAAUUUUUCAAAUUCAUUUAGAAGUCAGAAAAUUUUGUUUUACACACAUAUAUUUAUAUUAAUGUAUAGUUAAAACAUAGGAACAUAUUUCAGAUAGCAAGAGAAUAAUAAGCUUUUGUUCUUGUGAACAAAAAAUAGGGACAGCACUACAAUACUAAAUCAAAAUUUCAGCACCAUUGAUAUUGUAAGUGAUGUAAAGUUUAAGAUUUUUAAGUUAACCUUUUAGAAGUUUAAAUAUUUUGGAGUUAUAUUAAGAACCAAGAACAUGGAUCUUCUGCCUUUUUUGAUUGGUGUCCUAUACAUGGAAGGUCUUGAUAUUUGUUGAAUGACUAUUUAUGAAAAUGGUGUUUUUUGUAAAGAAUUCUGUAAGGAACAUUUUGAUAAAGCAAUCAGAAUUAC